AAUUGAAGGGGCAAAAUGCAGAGCUGGAGUCGUGUGUACUGCUCCUUGGCCAAGAGGGGCCAUUUCAAUCGAAUAUCUCAUAGCCUACAGGGACUUUCUGCAGUGCCUCUGAGAACUUAUGCAGAUCAGUCAAUUGAUGCUGACGUAACAGUUAUAGGUUCUGGUCCUGGAGGGUAUGUUGCUGCUAUUAAAGCUGCCCAGUUAGGCUUCAAGAGAAUGUGUUUUCAGAGAUAACAUUUUUAUUGUUUGCAGUCUGUUUAUGAAUAUUUGAUAAUUUCAUCUUUUUAUUUCCUUUAGGCUUUAUUAAAUAACUCUCAUUAUUACCAUAUGGCCCAUGGAAAAGAUUUUGCAUCUAGAGGAAUUGAAAUGUCUGAAGUUCGCUUGAAUUUAGAUAAGAUGAUGGAGCAGAAGAGUACUGCAGUAAAAGCUUUAACAGGUGGAAUUGCCCACUUAUUCAAACAGAAUAAGGUUGUUCAUGUCAAUGGAUAUGGAAAGAUAACUGGCAAAAAUCAGGUCACUGCUACGAAAACUGAUGGUUUUUCUAAAUAAUUUUGAUUGUAUCUUUUGCUUUUUUUAUUAUAGAUUGAUGAAGAUACAGUAGUAUCAUCUACAGGAGCUUUAUCUUUAAAAAAAGUUCCAGAGAAGAUGGUUGUUAUUGGUGCAGGUGUAAUAGGUGUAGAAUUGGGUUCAGUUUGGCAAAGACUUGGUGCAGACGUGACAGCCGUUGAAUUUUUGGGUCAUGUAGGUGGAGUUGGAAUUGACAUGGAAAUAUCUAAAAACUUCCAACGCAUCCUUCAAAAACAGGGGUUUAAAUUUAAGUUGAAUACAAAGGUUACUGGUGCUACCAAGAAGUCAGAUGGAAAAAUUGAUGUUUCUAUUGAAGCUGCUUCUGGUGGUAAAGCUGAAGUUAUCACUUGUGAUGUACUCUUGGUUUGUAUUGGCCGACGACCCUUUACUCAGAAUUUGGGACUAGAAGAGCUUGGAAUUGAACUAGAUCCCAGAGGUAGAAUUCCGGUCAAUACCAGAUUCCAAACUAAAAUUCCAAAUAUCUAUGCCAUUGGUGAUGUAGUUGCUGGUCCAAUGCUAGCUCACAAAGCAGAGGAUGAAGGCAUUAUCUGUGUUGAAGGAAUGGCUGGUGGUGCUGUGCACAUCGACUACAAUUGUGUACCAUCAGUGAUUUACACACACCCGGAAGUUGCUUGGGUUGGCAAAUCAGAAGAGCAGUUGAAAGAAGAGGGCAUAGAGUACAAAGUUGGGAAAUUCCCAUUUGCUGCUAAUAGCAGAGCUAAGACGAAUGCUGACACAGACGGCAUGGUGAAGAUUCUUGGGCAGAAAUCGACAGACAGAGUAUUAGGAGCACAUAUUCUUGGACCAGGUGCUGGAGAAAUGGUAAAUGAAGCUGCUCUUGCUUUGGAAUAUGGAGCAUCCUGUGAAGAUAUAGCUAGAGUCUGUCAUGCACAUCCAACCUUAUCAGAAGCUUUUAGAGAAGCAAACCUGGCUGCAUCAUUUGGCAAACCUAUCAACUUUUAAAUAGAAGAUUAUAUAUAUUUUUUCUGAAAUUUCCUGGGAGAUAUUGUAGAAGUUGCAUUUCUGAACAGGAUAUGCUCACAGCUCCAGGAAUUCCUAGGACUGAACUAUGAAUCUUUUGGAAGGUAUUUAAUAGGUUUGGACAGAAUGGAUAAUCUCACCUUUUUCAGUACAUUAAUAUGCAGGACAGAAAGCUUCAUAGUGGCAUUCUGCAAAAUAUUCAUCAACCCAUAUUUUCAUGCUUCUUAUGAAAGGUUCAGUAUCACUGAAAUUUGUUAUUAGCUUUUAUCUCUGAUACAGAAAAGUUGAAUUUACUUUUAUACGGAUGGAGCUGGAGUAUGGUACGUGAAUAGUUAUGUUUGAAGCAAGGUGAUCAAGUUAUUUUUAAUUUGGUAUUCAUAUUGGAAACAAGUCAGUCAUUUGAAUACGAUUCAAAUAUGUAUAAACCUAACUGAUGUAA